AGAUGGGCCGAGAGCCCGAGAUCAAGACUCCCGGAACGGCGACGGGCCAGCAUCAGGCUGGGCUUAUGUUAGGCUUCACCGUGUGAACCGGCCCAAUAUCAGAAAUCGUUAAUGUGCCAACAGCCUCUUGGUAUUUCCAGCCUUCCUCCUUCUAGGUUUCCGUCUCGCCGCCGCCGCCAACUUGUCACUCGCUCUCCCUCCUGAUCGCUGCCGCCGGUCACUGUUCGCCGCAAUGGGCCGCAUGUACGGCCCCGGGAAGGGCAUGUCCUCGUCGGUGCUGCCCUACGCUCGCGUCGCCCCUGGCUGGGUGUAGAACGCUAGAUGGUAUCUGUGCUCAGCUAUUCAUUGAAUAGAUCUCUCCAUUGAUCCAUCCAUUUCUAUGUCCAUCAAACUAGCCCUAACAGUCCAAGCAUCUCUCACAAAAAAAAGUCUCCGGUUCGACCUCCUGCCUCUGCUGCUCGCAUGGCCAGCCUCGUGCACCAGGCGUCCAUGCCGGCGAUGGCGCCGCCGCCGCCGCCGUGCGACGACGAGUUAGUCCCGCAGGGCUUCAGCUGCUUCGGCCGCUCGCUGUCGCGGGCGUCGUCGUCGAGCCGCCUGGAGUACAGGGCGCUGCAGGGCGAGGAGAAGCGUAACGCCGCGCAGGACGCGCGGUCGGCGCGCGCCAAGCUGCGCUGGAAGGCGGUGGCGCACGAGCUCAUGGCCAAGGGCGGCGGCGGCGGCGGCGGCGGCGCGCGGCGGAGGAAGCAGCAGCUGGGGGCCUUCAGCUACGACUCCCGGAGCUACGCGCUCAACUUCGACCAGGGCGCCGACGAGUAGCAGCAGCGUGCUGAGCUCGCUAGCUGCUGCGGGCGGCGGGCCUGCUCCUGCUUGCGGCCGGCUGACCCUACGCGCGGUGCGGAUCGGAGCCCGAAACAGCGGGGGUUGCACGUGCGUGCGGUGCGACCCGAAGGAGCAGCCACGAGUGACCGCCCAGCGAGGGAACAAUGGCGAUCUAAUCUACUACCCAAGGAAGAAGCAUGGGUUUUACUGUGUAAAGAUCUACUGCUCCGUAGUAGAAAUCAAGUCCGGUCAUUAUUGCUCUUUUCUUUUCUUUUCUUUUUUUCAUUCAGAUGGCACGACCAUGUUUGGGCGAUUCGUCAUGGAAUGUUCGCCUCCUCAGAGCAGUUUCAUCAAAUGUUCAAAUGUGAGCCAGGUUGCUUCAAGGAC